UUAUCUGUAAAUUGUCACAAUUUCAUAACAUUAAAUUCUCUGUGUUUCCUUUUCUGUUGUGACUUGUGUAUUUUUCAACAUUUUAAAUCCUUUCGUUUACUAUACGCGCCCAUUUUUUUAAAGAAACACCCGUUUAAAAAGUGAUUAAGAUUUAUUUUUCAGAAUCUGACCAAAACACUGUAUAUUACAGAACAUGUUUCUGACCGAUCGAACAACCAAACGGAUCGUUGUCUUCUAGGUCUGACCAAAGUCCCUGUUAGCAAAGUCUCCGCACUCGACGCUCACGUUUGCAUCGCAUUCAGACAGAAAUUUCGAUCAAACAAUAAUAAGCUCUAUCAUCUUGAAUAGGUAAUACUGAGUUAUUUUCAACUACACCUGAUACUAACGAUACAAGAGAUUGUAUAAGAAUAUUAAAUAACGCAUUAACGCUCAAAACAUUUUCCCAGACUCUGCGCAUGCGCAAUUUUUCGUGUCCGAAAUCGCCCCCUAUACCCUAAUUCCCUACAUUAGUUCACUUAUAUAAUCCACUUUAAGGAGCGGGUGAAAACGAUUGAGUAAGUAAGGACACUCAGUGCACUGGAAGCCCUGCGGGCGCCAUCUUCUGCCAAGAAUCAUUCAGUGCUAGUCUCACGAUACAUGACUAGCAGCUAGCCCUGAGUGUACAUCGGUUGUACACUAGCUUUUAUGAUUUAUCGUGGAAUUGAAUGAGUGCACUAAAUUUGAAUGUCCACUAUGAAUUCGGACACCCCUAAAAAUGGAUGUCCCCUCAAAUAGUGCUUCAUAGUGGAUAUAUUAGGGUGUAGGUGGUAUUUCGGGCACAGCCCUAGUCUUUGGCAUCACCCGACAUCCAUCCUUAUGACAUACACAUCGCUUGUGUUUGUGUUUCCUGUCUGCCACUGUUACUUCCGCAGAUUGAUCGGCUUUUGUUGUGUAGUGUCUGAAAGGGUGUGCGUUCGUGCACGGGCACUGCAAACCGCACGCGGAAAAAAGGAGUGUCGGCACAUAAAGCAAAACCAGCCACCAGUACAGGUGUGAAGUUUGCUUGAAUUGCUACCUUGUUUGGAGCCCAAAUUAAAAUGAGUUGCACGGAUCAAGAUGAUGCAGGGAAGUUUCUCGAGAGGUUUUUGGAGGAUCUCCCGAACCCGUUGGGCACAGAAGACCCCCUUCCCGUCAGUCCGCUCAGCCGGAAAGUGUCUUUGCAGGAGGUGAAAGGAGAGAGUUUGGAUGUUGGACUCCGACUCCUCUCAGACAGAAACGCCCCCUCUUGGCUGAGUUCAGCGAUGUGCAACGCUGCUGUCACAGAAUUGCUAAAAGAUGACCUUUCACCUCACUACUGCUGCCAAGAUGCUGAGCAGUCACAGGAAGAUGAACCCGAAGUUGUUUUGUUGCAGUCUGAGCCGUUGCAGCGUGUCUUUAUAAAUAAAUUGAGAGAAGUGGGUGUGGCCUGGCAAAAACAUCUGCCCAGUCCCGGAGCUCACUCUUUGCGGAGUCACAGCGGUUCGGUACACGCCAUUCGAAACACCCGCAGGAAGAUGGAGGACCGUCACGUGGUCUUAAAAGACUUUAACCAACUUCUGGGGGUGCAGGAUGGUGUUGAGCGGGAGUAUUACGCUGUGUUUGAUGGACAUGGAGGAAUGGACGCUGCCACAUAUGCUGCAACUCACCUGCAUGUUGUACUGAGCCAGCAGGAGGCGCUAAAGAGCGACGUUUCCGCAGCCUUCAAAAACACUUUUACACAAACCGAUGACAUGUUCAAGAUCAAAGCCAAGAGAGAGCGUCUGCGAAGCGGAAGCACUGGCGUGGCGGUCUUGCUGACCUCUGAUUGGCUAACUGUUGCCUGGCUGGGUGACUCUCAAGCUAUGUUGGUCAGACAGGGAGAACCGGUGACCCUCAUGGACCCCCACAAACCCGAGAGAGAGGAUGAGAAGAAAAGAAUUGAGGAUCUGGGUGGAUGCAUCGCUUUCAUGGGCUGCUGGCGUGUAAAUGGCACGUACGCCGUUUCACGAGCAAUAGGUGACUUUGAUCAGAAGCCGUACGUCUCUAAUGAAGCCGACUGCUUCUCAGUGCAGCUAAACGGUAAUGAAGACUAUAUUCUUCUGGCCUGUGAUGGCUUCUUCGAUGUGAUUCAGUCCGCCGAUGUCCCGGGACUGGUCCUGGAGGCUCUGAGCUCCGGAGAGGACGUAUCUCAAAGUCUGGUGGCCCAAGCCAAAGCUGCCGGUUCCAGUGAUAACAUUACAGUUCUGCUGGUGUUCCUAAAAGAGCCGCAGAAAAUACUGACCUACAACACGAGUUCUGCAACCCUGGAGGGGGCUACGGGAGAAGCAGCAGGAAUUUGAGUAAAUGACAGGACCAGUGGAAGCUGAUGGUCUGUUUGUCACCAUCUGCACUUUCCAGUAUAAUAUCCGGGAAUUAUAUUUUAAAAAGGUGUUGAAUUAAUUUAACACUCUUCAUUAUGAGACUUAAUUGUUUAACAAGACAAAUCUGUAUUUUAACCUCCUAACCGCUUAUCUCAUUUACUGAUGCUUAAAAGAUCGUAUAGAUUGUAAAAUCUUUCAGACACGUGCGAAGGAAAGGUGUUGUUUAUUCCUAACUUUUGCUCUCCGACUGUUACAGGGAAACAGGUCUUGAUAAUCUUAACAGAAAUUGCAUUUAGGACCACACUGGCAUUCACUGUUUAACAGAUAUAUAACUGUCCUCUUAUGCUUUUCAAUUUUCUAAUCCUGUAUUUUAGGUUUAAGACUGUUAUUUAUUUGACAAAAGUAUUUAUGGGUAAAUUGUACUGAGUAAACAAGCUCCUUAAUGUGCCAAAACUGUACGUCAGUGUCCAACUUAGCCAAGAUCUCUUCUCACUUGCUACUGCAGGUUAUUUACAAUGUACAUUGGUCGACGCUCUUUUAUUUGUAAAAUCUUUGCGUUUUUAUUACAGUGCCUUUUUGUUGUAUCGUCAGUGUUAAAACAGCCUGGUGCAUGCUGGGGUGUUAUAUUAUCUUAGUUAGAUGUUCUGCCUGCACUACCACACGUCCUGCCUGCUGCAAGACGUCUCGGGUUACGGCCGCUCAGUAUUUGGAAAGCCUUGUGACAAGUAGCUGAUAUAGUUGCACAGUCUCUAUAAUGCGGCAAGGCCCAGAAUAGAGCUAACCUAAUGGAUACUGAAUUAGGACAGUGGAGACAGGGCCGUGAUAUAAUUUGGUUAGUCCUUGUUGGUGGCUCGAACCGUAAAAUAAAUGAUCUCGUAUCUGUAUUUUGUUUGCUGAAGCUCCACGCAAGUGACAACAUUUAAAGUUACACCAAAAGUCUGAGCCCAAAAUCAGUAAUACCAAAUACUGAGGAAAUCAAAAACACAGUUUGCGAAAAAAAAUAAUUCUCAACAGCAGAUGUUCCCCCAUCAAAUAAUGUUCUCCAUGCACAAUGCUGCCUUACAUUCACAUUGCCAAACGAAAAUAUCCGGCAGUGCAUUGUAUUAUAUUUUUCUAAAUGUACUUCAUUGUUGACAGUGUCCUUAAUCUUCUAAUGCAUGAAGAUUAUGAAUGUCUUCGUAUUCAGAAUGCUUAGAAAUGUCUAAGCACUGAACUGUAUUUUUCAUCAGAAAGAGAAGGUUUUACACUGGGUAUGCAUUUUGUGUAGAGUACUUUUUGUCUGCAGUAUUUUCACAAGACAUUUUGUAAUUUUUUGAUGUUUUUAAUACUAAAAAGUGAACGUAAAUAUCAUGGCAACAGGUGUGUAAUACACUCCUACGGAACAUGAUUAAGUGCCUUAUCUUGUUGAACUGAUAAACCUACUGUCAAGUGCUUUGUUUGUCUUGUAAUGUACUUCAUGUUGCAUAUCAUUGACCUCUACUGCUGAUGUUUUGUACAAGAAACAUUUCGUAAAGUUUUCUACUUGAUAAAUAAAUACUGAUUCCACAACUUGUAA